UUAUUUUUUUUACCAAUGAAAGAACGUUCGGGCGCCGUAUCAUCGAAGUCUGUUUCCCAUCACGACAGAAUGCAGCCCUUUUUAUGGGUUUCGAUCAUUUUCAUCCUAUGGAAUGUCGGCUCCUUCGUUGCAACGGACAUCACCGAGCAUCCUCGCUGGAUGCUACUCGAGCAUGAAAGAUGCGGUAACAGCAACGCCGAUCGAAUAAUAGGUGGAAAAAAUGCAUCCCUCGGAGCUUAUCCGUGGAUAGCGCGGAUAGGUUACAACGAAGCUCCCACUAACCAUAGCAGUGAAAAGAACGAGCUGACCUACAAGUGUGGCGGAUCGUUGAUCAACAAAUUGUACAUUGUCACGGCUGCUCAUUGCGUUGCUGAUCUACCGGUCAAAUUGAAAGUGGCCGGUAUCCGUCUUGGAGAGCACAAUACGGCGACAGAUCCGGACUGUGAAAAUAAUUUCUGUGGUGAACCGGUGCAGGAUUUUGAGCCAGAACAGAUAGAUGGGAAGAGCACGUCAACGCCAUCGUCGAAUACUGCCACCUGGAAUCUCUCGUCGAAUCCGCUUCUUCCAAGCUCUUGCGGACAGGAUCUGACCCAGAGACUCGUCGGAGGCGAGAAGGCGGACAUAUACGAGUUCCCAUGGAUGGCUCUUCUGGAGUACACUAAACCUACCGGAAGAACACACGCCUGCGGGGGAGUCUUGAUAAGCAAGCGUUACGUGAUGACCGCGGCCCACUGCAUCAAGGGUAAGGACCUCCCACCUAGCUGGAAACUCGAAGGAGUCCGGCUUGGCGAGUACGACACGAGCACAGAUAUUGACUGCAUCCAGGCCUCCGAGACGCAGAAACUCUGCAUCGACCCCGUUGUGACGGUCGGCAUAGAGCAAAAGAUCGUACACGAAGAUUAUAGGCCACAGUCCCGGGACCAGACCAACGACAUCGCUCUCCUCAGGCUCUCGCGCGACGUCACAUUCACGAACUACAUACGCCCGAUAUGUCUGCCCUCAAGCGCCUCGAUGACCGAGAGGUUCUUCUACAUCGCAGGUUGGGGAAAGACUGAGACCAGAUCCGAGUCUAACAUCAAGCUGAAGCUCAAAAUUCCUCUCGCCGAUACGACCAGUUGCGCCAACACCUAUCAGGCGGCGUCGAUCCGCAUCGGAGAUACUCAAGUUUGCGCCGGAGGUCAGCGAGGACGCGAUUCUUGCCGGGGCGAUUCCGGGGGACCCUUGAUGUCCGUGAAGACGAGCGGCGACAAUGUCUAUUGGACGGCCGUCGGUAUAGUCUCCUUGGGUCCGUCGCCUUGCGGCAUGGAAAACUGGCCGGGCAUAUACACCAGAGUUGACAGCUUCGUACCCUGGAUACUUUCUAAGAUUAGGGCGUUCUCGUCACGAUGUUUAAUAAAAAUCGAUUCUGCAUUUCAAUCGCUUACACGCAUGGUUGGAUCUUCUUGUUUUAUCGCUGUGCCCAGCGGUCGGUAUACGAUUGGUCGAAUGUAUGUCGUUGGCCAACCUUCGACCUUUUACAAUAACGACAAAACACCUCCUCCCGCUGCAGCUAGUCGGAUAUUUUAUGAAAGUGGUUACAGACUCUUACUCGACAUCUGCUCAGAAGCAGUGAAUAUUUACACAAACGGUUCGAAAACAAAAUUGCAACCCGCAGCUGGCCUUGAAUACGAUUGUAUAAAGAUUCGAAUACUGCAUGCGGUUUCAUCGUCGACAUUUCGUUAUCUGUUUUAUAAGGAAAAUCAUUCCACAGAGAGUACCCGCGUACUCGACACUCAAUCAUAUCACACUCAUUAUCAAAUUAAAACAUCGCGGCUAGUUGGUUGUUUAGCCUCGAUCGGGAUUUACCGGGUAUUCUUUUUGCGACACAUCGGCCAACUGCGGAUGAUGCUGUUCUACUUGGGACUUAUAUUCCUUGCGAUUUCGGGAUCCAAUGGACGUGAGUAUGAAAGGUUUUUUCCCUCAGAAGAACCAUGCCAGACCGUCUCGGGUACCACAGGCGACUGCGUCAACAUCAACCAUUGCGAUCAGCUUCGGGAGCUGUUGAAUCAACGCCGACCAUUGCCAAGCUCAACCUUGAGUAUUCUAAACAAAUCCCAGUGUGGAUUCGAGGGAAAUCUGCCGAAGGUUUGCUGCCCACGGAACACGCAGCCUGAACCGACGACGACGACGAACGUCCCAGACGUACCAGAUGUUAGUAACGAAAUUCCACCGCCACCGGACGUCACGAAUCAUCCGAAUCUGCGAUUGCUCGACAACGUACGUUGCGGACCGAUUACCGAGCCGAAAAUCUUCGGGGGCAACAAAACUACGGUCUUUGAAUUUCCGUGGAUGGCAUUGAUCGGAUACGACGUCGGGAAAAGAGAUCCCGAGUUCAGGUGUGGAGGUUCCGUGAUUUCCAAACGAUACAUCUUGACUGCCGCCCAUUGCGUUACCGGUCUGAGUCCCCGGCUCCGGUUGGUGGGCGUCCGAAUAGGUGAACACGACCUCAGCACAGAGCGUGACUGUGACAUGGAGGAAGGGGUCGCAAUCGCCUGCGCCGACAAGUAUCAGGACUUUUUGGUCGAAAGGUCUUACCCCCAUCCUGGAUACGUUGGGAAACAGGUACAAGCUCACGAUAUAGCGCUCAUCAGAAUUAACGGGGAUGCUAAUUUCCAACCGGCCAGCGUCCGGCCGAUUUGUUUACCGAUUGGGGAGGCCGCGAGGGUCCAGCGACCAAAGGUAAUCGUUACUGGAUGGGGUGCGACCGAGUCGGGUACCAGAAGUGAAAAUCUGCUAAAGGUGAAGCUGCCGGUGGUGCCCCAUUCCACGUGCGCCAAGUUUUACAAGAACUACACGAUUGAUAUAUCGUACAGGCAACUAUGUGCUGGUGGUUCGAACGGAAUGGACUCCUGCUCAGGAGACAGCGGGGGUCCCAUGCAAUUUCCGGGAUCAUAUAUCAACGGCCAACCGAGAUAUAUUCAGUACGGAAUCGUUAGUUUUGGACCAAAGCGUUGCGGAAUCGAAGGAUUCCCCGGGGUCUACACGAGCGUCCCUUACUACAUGGACUGGAUCCUUGACACAAUGACCGACUAAUGUCGAACACCUUUUCUAUGAGUAAACUGAAAGAAGCGCAUAAUUCCACGGUACGAUUUGCAAUCAGGUUGUACUAUCUGAAAAUGCAUUUUUAGAUGACGGUGGUUGCGGAGGGGAGGUAUUUGUAAAAAAUUCAUGCGAAUCAUGUAUAAGGCUCGGCCCUGCGUGGUAAUAAUGUGCAGUUAAAUACUUUCCCUCUCUAUGUUGCGACAUGCAUAUACACAACAUAUCUAUGGAAUGCAUAAUACUUUUUGGCAAUUGCAGCGAGCGCGUAUUAACAUUUGUACCCCGCUACGAGGUAAUCCUUUAUAAUCAGUUAACCCAAUUAAUUUGUUUACUUUAUUAUUAUAUUAAUAAAACACUACUUCACAA